GGUCGUGUAUGUGGGGAAGUGGUGCGCGUGUGAUGAGUGACAGAAUAAAAACAAGUUGGAUGGUGUUCAGAAGAUUCGUCUGGUUGUAGGAGAGGCAACUUCAAUUCUUAGUUUGUUUCGAUACCAUUGAUCUGCUCUGUUUGCAAGAUUCGUUUCCAAAAGGGUGACGACUGCGUGAGGAAAAAGGCCUAGUGGCCAUCGCUCGUCAUUGUGUCCUGGUAAAACUCGGAUUUGGACCGUGCGUAACUCUGAGUGCGCACAAAGGACAGAAAUGGAGCUCUGUGCAAUCGGUCAGGAUCAGUUCGCUGAUCGCCUUAAACAGCUGUAUCCCAUGGUGGACACCAAGGAAACUCCGUUGCCAACUUGCUGGAGCCAGAAAGAUAAAUUUCAAGAUGUUGGCCUGACACAGAAUAACUUAAGGGCCCACUACAAAGGCAACGGCAAGACAAACAAAGAUGCAGCAAGUGUACGUGCUAGUCACCCAAUCCCUCCUGCGUGUGGACUGUAUUACUUUGAAGUGAAGAUUGUCAGCAAAGGAAGGGAUGGGUACAUGGGAAUUGGCCUGUCCCAACAGGGAACCAGUCUCAACCGUCUGCCAGGCUGGGAGAAAUACUCGUACGGUUACCAUGGCGACGAUGGGUACGCCUUCAACUCAACCACCACGGGGCAGCCGUAUGGGCCGACCUUCACCACGGGAGACGUCAUUGGUUGCGGCAUCAACCUUGUCGACAACACGUGCUUCUACACCAAGAACGGCCACCAUCUGGGCAUAGCCUUCACAGACCUCAGGCCGGACCUGUACCCGACGGUCGGUCUGCAGACGCCCGGUGAGAUGAUCGACGCCAACUUCGGCCAGUCGCCGUUCGUGUACGACAUCGAGGACAUGAUGCGCGAGCUGCGCACGCGCGUGCGCGCCACCAUCCAGAGCCUGCCCGUGCCGGACGCGCUCAGCUGCUGGCAGGACACCCUCCACAGAAUGGUACAAACGUACCUGGUGCACCACGGAUACUGCUCCACGGCAGAGGCUUUCGCGAACAGUACGGGUAUCUCCUUCGACGAGGAUCUCGCGUCCAUCAAGAGUCGACAGAAGAUUCAGAGGCUGGUGCUGGCCGGCCGGAUGGGUGAGGCGAUCGAGCUGACGCAGCGGCUGUACCCGGGCCUGCUGGAGAAGCAGCAGAGCCUGCUGUUCCUGCUGCGCGUCCGCCAGUUCAUCGAGAUGGUCAACGGCUCCGACUCGGAGGUGUCCGAACAGCGGGCCAUCCAGACGUCGGUGAUCCAGUCGACGCGCACGCUCUCCGAGGCCGAGCUGAACGCCAACAACGCCGGCGGCGACGACAGCAGCCAUAGCAACGGCUUCUCCAACGGCCACACGGCGCCCGACGCCGACGAGGAGAUGGACGUGGACCGGCCCGCCGAGGUCGAGUCGACCGCCAAGAAGCGGGCGCUGUGCGGCGGCAGCAACACCGCCGUGGAGAAGGUGCUGAAGUUUGGCCGCGAGCUGCAGCUGUUCUACCUGCGGCUGCGUAGCGAGCAGGGCGAGAGCGACUACAACAAGAACUUGCUGCAGGACGCCUUCAGCCUGCUGGCGUACGCUGACCCGUGGAGCAGCCCGGUCAAGUGGCAGCUGGACCCCGUGCAGCGCGAGUCGGUCUGCGCCGCCCUCAACUCGGCCAUUCUGAGCUCGCAUAACCUGCCGCGCCGGCCGCCGCUCGAGGUCGCCCUCUCACACAGCAAGGAGCUGGUGGCGCUCAUGGCCCGCGCCGGCCUCGGCGCCUGUGCCUUCGCCAACAUCGACGCCCUCUUCCAGCCAUAAUGCACGCCGGCGCGCGCCGCGCGCCUGCCGCGGGCGCCGGCAG